AUGUCUUCAUUCGGGCUCAUACUGUUGCUGAUUAGCGUCAUGCUACUUAAUUGCUGCUCAAGUAAAGGCACAAUGGAUCAAAUGGCAAAAACCAGUAUCAUGAUGCGAUCGGUGUGCAAGGGAAAACACAAGGCAGACGAAGGCUUGAUCGAUGGGCUUGGACGAGGUGAAUUUGCCGACUCGAAGGAACUCAAGUGUUACGCAAACUGUGUGUUGGAAAUGAUGCAAGCGAUGAAAAAAGGAAAAAUCAAUGCCGAUAGCGCCAUAAAGCAGAUUGAUUUGCUUAUACCGUCCGAGAUUGCCGAACCGACCAUAAAAGCAUUCGAUGGUUGCCGUGAAUCAGCAAAUGGAAUUAAAAAUUCGUGCGAGGCUGCAUAUGCACUGCUAAAGUGUCUACAUGCCAAAAACACAAAAUAUUUCUUUGCCUAA